UCCGGCACACUGCGGCCACGCACCUGCUACUGUGACGUCGUGUGACGUGUUACAUUGGGGUGGAUUAUUUGUCCAAUUACAUGUUGCCAUUGCUAUUGGAAGUUGUAGCAAGUUAGCGCCUGGCCGCAGCUCCUGUGCGGUGAUCGGGGGCGUUCUAGAACUACUAAUCCACGCUUAGAAAACACAGACUCCCAGAGCAGGGGGAAAUACCAGUGAUCGCGGACAGGCCUGACUUACGACAAUUUAAGGACCGUUAUUUUUUUUAAUUGUUUAACUGUGACUUUCAUUAGUGCUCAUCGAGUGCAGAGAUUUACGUUAUCUAAGGGACAGAGACCAUACGAUAGGAAAUGCGAAAUCCGUCUAGCUUUGUGUUGUUCAGUGCUACUCUAUGUGUAUAUUUCACUGUACAGAUUUCCUCGGUCUCAGCAUCAAAAUGCAAAGGACCUUGGGCAAACCACAUGUGCUUUGGAGGAAAUGGAAAACGGUCGUGGUCACCGCCGGUACAGGAACCGGAAAUGAACAGAAAAGAUGACGAACUAGGAAGAACUAUGCUUAGAAAUGUUCUUUUAAAACGUUUAAACACUUAUCCAUCUAUGAGCAGUUACUAUAGCGACUCAGAAAGCUUUUAUCCAAUGGGCUCUGAUUUUACAGAGGAAGGCGAUUCAAUGAGCAGGGAAAACGAACUCCGACAGCUACUAAAGGAACAGAUAUUACGGAAGGAAAUGGCGGCGCUAGUUGGAGAUGACGAUGUGUAUGAAUAAUGAGUCACCCGAAGGGAUUGAGGCCCCCAAUGGGAGUUUACAACUUACUAAUAAAAGUAUACAAUAAACUUUAGCCAUGUGUUCUUUCUGUGCAGAUUUUGAAAUCCAAACAGUUGUCAAUUUAUAUAGUUAGCUGCCUGAGCCAAGUUCGAAAAAAAAUUCGAGAAAAAGAUUUUCCAAAGAAAGGACAUGUGAUAAGUCAACAAAACUUUAUUGUGCGGGAACGUGUUCGAAUUUAAAUGAACCUUUUCCCCUUAAUUAUUGAUUUAUCUUUAUCUGUAUGAGAGAGAGAGCGAGAGAGAGAGAGAGAGAGAGAGACAGAUAGAGAGAGAGAGAGAGAUUAAUCAGAUUUUCAUAAACAACAAUGAUUAUCGAACAGAUUUAUAGAAUAUUGACGAAACAGUUAUCUCUGAAUUAUUAAUCAUAAAAAAAGAUUUCAUCUUCAUUAUUGAUGUAAUUGUGAAACGCAACAACUCAAUAUAAGAUUCAAUAAAAAAAAACCCAACAGA